UGUCCUCUGCUUUGCCGUCCCACUCUGCCAUGCCGGCCUUGGAUUCAGCUGACUAGGAAAACAUGAGCCGAAAUAACUCUCUUGUCCUUUACUUUGUGGGCUGGGUUUUGUAUCUCCGUAAUGAGGAGAGUCACUAAGACAAGGAGAAGGAAGACGACUGUCAUAAACAGGAAGAUUCUGUCAUUAGUCUUUAAAGAAUCACUAUCCCAAAUAUUUAUGGACCUCCAUAUCAAUUAAACAUGUGGAAGAAAUAUGAGCAGAAAAUUAAUAGAAGUGGGAAUAUGAAUGGCAAAAGUCCAAAUCAUGACAACUACAGCAACAAAACAGAACGCGAAUUAGAAAUGUUCAGUCCCUGCAGACCUCUGACCCUCAUUCCAUCUCCAGCCUCUGGGAGAAGUGGUUGAGAAACAGAUGGGCUGCAAGGCGCCUGAGGCCAUCAAGAGGCUGCAAAAGAGAAUGGUGCAGUGCUGUGAGGGAGGCAGAGACCGUGGCUGCCCAAGUUCACCCAGGAUGAAGACUGGAGACAAGGCCAGGCACACCCCAGGUUUCUUCUGCCAAACUGUCUGCAUCAUUUGUCCAAACUAACCUUCCUCCAAAUCCCACCGUACCUAAUCGUUACUUUAUGGAAUGCAGAGCACAAGAAAGGAUUGAAGCCUUAGGAGAGAGCAAAUCAUGUGGUCUUCAUAUUCAAUAAUGAAGAGAGAUGCAGCCAUCUGAAAUGGUCAUGAACCCCAAACAAGUCUUCCUGUCCCUGCUGAUAUUUGGAGUAGCAGGGCUCCUCCUCUUCAUGUAUUUGCAAGUCUGGAUUGAAGAACAACAUACAGAAUGGGGGCCAGAAAAUUACUUGCAGCCUGCACUCAGAACCAUGACUACAGAAAAAAUCCAGGAACAUAUUGCCAACCAGAACUCCAAAUUUCACAUGCCUGAAGAUCAGAAGGACAAAAGGGAGAAUCUACUCAACUCUGAGAGCCCUACUAAGGAUUUAACAAAGAUAAGCCUUUCACAAGCAGAGGAUCAAGCCUUGAGUAAGAUCACAGGGUCAUCAACAAGUAAACUGGUUGAAAAACAUCAAGGAACUAAAAUUCUCUCCAUGAAGUCCAGUGAAAUGAAUUGGCCAGUGGACAUUCGGCCUUUAAAUAAAAGUUUAGUCAAAGACAACAAAUGGAAAAAAACUGAUGAAACCCAAGAGAAACGUAGGUCCUUCCUUCAGGAGUUUUGCAGAAAGUACGGCACGGUGAGCCAUCGCCAGUCACAUCUGUUUCAUGUGGUGUCCAGGAUCUAUGUAGAAGACAAACACAAAAUCUUAUACUGUGAAGUGCCUAAGGCUGGGUGUUCCAACUGGAAAAGGGUUCUGAUGGUCCUGAAUGGGUUGGCUUCCUCUGCAUACAACAUCUCCCACGAUGCUGUCCACUAUGGAAAACAUUUGAAAAAGCUGGACAGCUUUGACUUAAAAGGGAUACACACUCGCUUAAAUACCUACACCAAAGCUGUGUUUGUUCGUGACCCCGUGGAAAGAUUAGUGUCAGCAUUUCGGGACAAAUUCGAACACCCCAAUAGUUACUAUCAUCCAGUAUUUGGAAAAGCAAUUAUAAAGAAAUAUCGACCAAAUGCCUGUGAAGAAGCAUUGAAUAAUGGAUCUGGAGUCAAAUUCAAAGAGUUCAUCCACUAUUUGCUGGAUUCUCACCGACCAGUUGGAAUGGACAUUCACUGGGAAAAGGUCAGCAAACUAUGCUAUCCAUGUUUGAUCAACUAUGAUUUUGUAGGGAAAUUUGAAACUUUGGAAGAAGAUGCCAAUUACUUUCUACAAAUGAUUGGUGCUCCAAAAGAGCUGAAAUUCCCAAAUUUUAAGGAUAGGCACUCUUCUGAUGAGAGAACCAAUACUCAAGUGGUGAAGCAGUAUUUAAAGGAUCUAAGUAGAACUGAGAAACAGUUAAUCUAUGACUUUUAUUACUUGGACUAUUUGAUGUUUAAUUAUACAACUCCAUUUUUGUAGUCUGCAUUCAUUUUCUAAAACCUGUAUUUACUUAAUAAUGCUGGCCUCAAAUCAGCUACUGUACGUUUCCUAUAUUCUCUGUGUGGGGUAAAUUUAACUAAGUGCAGUUGUCUUGAUUUAAUGACAAUUUUUACCAAAUACCAUGACAGCAAUUGGCACAAAGAUAUAGGAAAAUCAUCCAACUGACGCAUGUAAACAAGUUGCUUUGGAAAGGAGCUGCUUUGGUAUUAGGGAUCACACUGUUGAAGCAAUAACCUAGCCAGUUGCUAAAUUAACUAAAACAGUCUCUUGUAAUCAUAGAAUAAGAGGUCUAAAAGAGCAUGAAUGUGUAUCUAUACUAUGGAAUUAAUUAUCUAAAAUGCAUGAAUAUAUUUUUAGCGACUUGUGGAAUAUUAAUCAAACCAUUGGAUAGUUUUUUACACCCUGGAAACCUUUCUAUUGACUAUAAUGAUAAAUUCAUUUAAAAAUUAUAUUUGGAAUUGGGCAUUUUAAUUAAGUUGGAAAGCAUUGUGUGAUUUACAAUAUGAGAGUGUAGCAGAAAAACGAGAAGAGGCUAUGAUUUUUUAUAUUUAACAGCCAUUAAAAAAUACAUGGCAUGCUAAGAUCAAAGCAACAAAAGCAAUCUUUCUUUCUCCCCAAAACCUUAAAGGGAUUGAUUGUUUUCUUUUGAGCCCUCCAUGAAGAGACAAAAUGAACACAACUACUAAAAGUCUUCAUUUCUGAAGCAAGCAGUUGAGAGGUUUAAGCCACUAAAUAUGCUCUUAAUUCUGGUUUAAUUGGACAGAGGGGAAAUUGUU